GCGUUGCGUUGCGUUGCAUUGCGGAGCGCGCCAGGCUUCGCGCAUGCCAAACUGCAACGGCAACGGCGAUGAACGGGGGCGCCCCGAGCGACCAGCCCUUCCCGGGCGCCGUGCAAUUUCCAGGAGGCACCACUGUCCUCGUGGAACUCACUCCAGAUAUCCACAUUUGUGGUCUGUGCAAGCAACAGUUCAAUAACCUGGAUGCUUUUGUUGCUCACAAGAGAACUGGCUGUCAAAUCUCGGGUGCAACAGCUGGUACCACCAGUACGGUGCAGUUUGUGGCAGAAGAAACAGUUCCAGCAGCACAGACCCAAACUGCAACAAGAACCAUCACUUCAGAGACCCAGACCAUCACAGUUUCUGCACCUGAGUUUGUUUUUGAGCAUGGCUACCAGACCUACCUUCCUGGUGAGAACAGUGAGCCUCAGACUGCUACUGUGGUCACCACUCCACCAAAACCUCGCACCAAAAAGUCCACUGCAUCAGCCGCACAAAAGAAGCUGGACUGCUGUUAUCCAGGCUGUCAGUUUAAGACAUCCUAUGGUAUGAAAGACAUGGAGCGACAUUUAAGAACACACACAGGUGACAAGCCCCAUAAAUGUGAUGUUUGCGGUAAGUGCUUCAGUCGCAAAGACAAGCUAAAAAUGCACAUGCGAUCCCACAGUGGGGUGAAACCGUACAAGUGUAAAUUCUGCGACUAUGCAGCUGCUGAAAGCAGCAGUCUGAAGAAACACCAGCGCAUCCAUUCCAAUGAGCGCCCUUUUAAAUGCCAGAUCUGCCCUUACGCCAGCCGUAACUCCAGCCAGCUCACUGUCCAUCUUCGAUCCCAUACAGGUGAUGCUCCCUUCCAGUGCCAUUUCUGCAGCGCCAAAUUUAAAAUCAACUCGGAUUUGAAGAGACACAUGCGCGUACACACCGGGGAGAAGCCCUACCAGUGCGAGUUCUGCGACGUGCGCUGUGCAAUGAAAGGCAACUUGAAAUCACACAUUCGCAUCAAGCACAACAUGGAGAACACCUUCCGAUGCCUGGAGUGCGAAUUCCAGUGUGGGAACAAGACAAGCCUCCGGCAGCAUCUGCGCACCCACCAACCCGAGCAGCCGGUGAAGUGCUUGGAGUGCAGCUACUCCUGCUCCAACAAGGCGACCCUCAAGGUGCACGAGAGAAUCCACUUCAAGGAUCGCCCGUUCAAAUGCGAAUUCUGCAGCUUUGACACCAAACAGCGGAGCAACCUGACUACACACAUGAAGAAGGCACACCAGGAUAAAGUCAAGGUUAAGAAGAAAACCACCGAUAAAAUGGAAGGAGAGCGGUUGAAGGAAGGUGGCUCUAGGCAAGUUGCCAAGCUGGAGGCCAAGAAAGCAUUCAGAUGCGAUCUCUGCGAGGCCUCAUUUGUCCGAGAGGAUUCUCUGCGGAGCCAUAAGAGGCAGCACGUUGCACUUAAUGGGGCUAAAAAUACCGAGCUGGCCGUCUUGCAGUUCCAGAUGGCCCCUGAUAGGUCAGCUGGUGCACCGAUCACCGUCAGCCAUCUCCAGGUGCCGCUACAUGCUGCCUCUUAUGGUGAAGGACAGGUCAAGAUUAUAGUUGGACACCAGAUGCCUCCAGCCAGUGGACUGGUCCAAGCAGCUUCAGUCAACAUUGUGCCUCCUGCCUUAAUAAGUCAGAGCCAGGAAGACCUGUCUGGCCAUAACCAGCUACAGAUACUUCAGCAAGUGAGCUUGCUUGCGCCUUCUCUUCCGUCAGGUUCUCAAGCCGAAAGCCUUGCAGUGGGCCAGCCGGCAGUGCUCCUCACAACCCAAGAUGGAGCUGACCAAAGCACACCGAGCCAGGCCCUGAUUCCCACCAUCCCAGUGGGCAACCACGAAGUCCCAGCCAGCCAGGCUUUCAUCAAUGGUGCUGGGAUAAGCUGCUCAGACUUGGAAGGACUCAGUGCUUUGAUUCAGGAAGGGGCAGGAGAAGUGACCGUGGUGAGUGAUGAGGACCCGAGCAUUGCGGGAUCAACAUCGGCUCCACCUAUCUUUUCUUCUUCUUCUCUCCCAGAUGCAUCCAAGCAAGCCUACUCCAUCAUCCAAAGUGGAACUCAUGCAAGCUUGCUCUGUCCUGCAGACUCCAUUCCAGAUUAGUCCAGGGAAGGCCAAUCCAACACCCUGUCAGCACAUUAAAGGCAGCCCUGGAGGCUUUCAUGGUUGGGAUGUAGAGUUGAGCAGGCAGAGACAGUGGAAUCUCGUAGCUCCAGUCCAUUUCGCUGCUCCAUGCCUUCUCGGAAAGAGUUCCCUUACCAUACACGUAGCUGGCCCAGGGAUGUUGCUGCCUGUGGGACUGGAAAGUCUGUGGAAGAGCACGAGAUUCUAUGAUGCACUGCAACUUGGUUUUUAUAACCUGAUUACACAUGGUUCAUUUUUACCUUUUCCAGCUCUGAACCUCUUGUUUGGUCCGGGACAAUGUUUCACAACCAAAAUGCUGCACAUUAGCAUUUCUUGUGUUACAUGAACAUUUUUGCCUUAAGGAACUAUCUGUGAAAGAGGUUGCAUUGCAAAGAUCGUCAAGCUUUACAACCAGCUCUAGCCUUGAUAAAUAACCUAAUGCAGCCUUUGCCAAUCUGGUGCCCUCCAGAUGUCUUGGACUACAACUCCCAUUAUCCCCAGCUAAACUGAUUAAGGUUGGCCCAGUGAACCCCAUGGAAAAGUAUGUUUCGUUUUUUUCCCUGUCUUUACUUGCAGUUUGCAAACUUUCACUUCACUUCGAACAUACACAUAUUUUAAACUGAAAAUAAUGACAUGAUCUGAAACUAAAAUUCUGUGUUGGAAUGUACUACAGUAUAAUCUUGCAGGCACUCAGGAAAUUGGCUUUGCUGAAGUGCCCUUCAUGGUAUCUUGCCAUGAAGCCUGGAGAUAAGUAAGAACAUUCUUAGUUGCUUCUGUUAAAGCUUAGGAGCCAGGCCUAAGGAUUGGCUCAAAGCAGCUGCCAGUCAGAUACACAGAUAUCAGCUCCACACAAAUAUCGGGUGAUCUGUAUCCAGGCUGGGGAGCAACAGAAUAAACCUGAACUAUGUGCCAUUGUC